CGUGACUAAUAAGCAUGGAUUGGGAAAACAGAAUCACUGCUGACUCCUUCGGAUCAUUUGUCUUCUGAAGCUGGAACCGUGAGCAUCGUAUUUCGUAUUUCGUGUUCUUCCGAGUGUUGCGCGUUCUCCGAUCUUCUGAGCCGAUCUGUGAAGAUUUGAGUGUGUUUUUGAAUUAGGCCGUUUGUCGAUGAUCAAAGUUUCGCUCCAUCGGAUGUGUACUUUACUCCGGACCGUUUGUUAGUGCGGCGCAUGUUAAAAACCAAUCAUACGGGAAAUUAUGUCUGCGGAAAACUGACCAUUUCGAGGCGCCGUCGGUUGGUCAACGGUGUACGGGUACGUCAUUCGGAAAGGAAAACGCCAAUUGGAACACAAUAAACAGAAAACCGACCGGGAUGAAACGAUACUGUUUUGCAACUUUUCUCUCGCUGGAAAACUUCAGGCCAAACGUAAUCGACUUAUCGAGAAAAAUGGGUGAAUAAUUCGACUUAUUAACUUACACCCACAAAUUAUCCGGUUGAACCCCGUUUAUUGUAUCGCAGUGUUUUUACUAAUGUUAUGGUGGAACCAAUAUCUGAAUAGGACAAGUUUGUUUGAUUUUCUCAAUUGACAACAAAAACACACACAAUUGAAGAAAAGGAUUUACGGAAAACAGGCAACACGAAAAGCGUUUGAAGUGACUCGUAGUAAUUUGUUAUUUAUUGAAAAAGAUAAAUAAAUCAAAUUGAAUCAUCAAUCGAUCGCAAGACGAUAUUUUAGCGAAACACAAAAUAUGACAGCUUAAACCAGUGCUGUUUUGGAGAGAAACAUCAUCAAAGGUUAACGCUGCGUGCUAUUAUGGUUGUCUAAAUAAUUGCGGUCGUGUUUACCGUCGGCUUGAAUUGAAUUAUUUUAAUAUUUACGCAAUACUAAUUUGGUGCUGUUAAUUAGCUGAAAAACACACACAUUUGUACUCAUUGAAGUGCUAUUAUUCGUUUGUUAUCCAGUUUUCAACUGCAGGGCAGCGAAAGUUUCGAUUAUUCGAAUCAUUUAAAUCACAAAGAAUUUAUAUGGGCAGUUGUCCACGGAGGAGAAGGGAAGGUCAAAUUCGUUAAAAAUCUGUCCACGUGGUAUGUGGAUGGCCCCUAAUUAGAGGCAGAUGAAUCUGACAAUGAAACGGCUGCUAAUACUCUUCUCAUUCCUGCUGAUUUAUUCAUCCGGUCAUCGGAUACAACUGUCCGAUUCGAUUCUGGACAUCAUCAACACCCGGCACGUCGAACGGGUCCUGGCAGAGCGACGCAUGAAUGCCUCGCGGGAUGAGAAGCGAUACCUGGUGCAGAAUGAGCUGAUGGACGAGGACGGUGCGACCGAGGACAGCAGUACCGGGGUUGACCUGUAUCAGACGCCCGAGGUGGCGAUCGAUUUCGACUUCAACGGGCGGCGUCAGUCGGCUUCGGCUGUUGCAUUCAACGAAACCGGUGGUGGCGGAGGUUAUCAGUACCAGUCUCCGGGGGGUUCCUCCUCCAACGCGGAUAUUUUGGCCGAUUUGCAAGCGUACCAUCGGGGAGACAAACUGCUCAAAUCGAGCAAGAAUGCACUGGUAGUGACGCGAAAGGAGUACCUGAAGAAGGACUGGUGCAAGACGGAACCACUGGUGCAACGAAUUCGGGAAGAAGGAUGCCUCAGCCGGACGAUCAUCAAUCGCUUUUGUUAUGGGCAAUGCAAUUCGUUCUACAUUCCAAAGUCGCCUAAGCGCAGGCGGCAUCAUGCCGGUGGAGGAGGUGCCAACGGACGUCACGCUGGUCACGGAGGUCACCACGGAGGUGGCGGCGGUGGUGGCCGGCGAGAGGUGGAUUUGGACUUUGAAGAUGAAGAUUUGACGGGACCGGCGUUCCGCUCGUGCGCUUUCUGUAAGCCCAAAAAGUUCACUUGGAUCACGGUGACGCUGAGGUGUCCCUCGCUAGUGCCACAGUUGCGCCGGAAGCGCAUCCAACGCAUCAAGCAGUGCAAAUGCAUCGCUGAGCCGUUGAAUUAGAGUCGUUGUUAUUUUGUUAAUGUUAGUGUUGCUGCUGCUGCUGCUGCUGGGAGAGAUGAGAAACGUGAAAGCGGAACGAGUGUGCGGUGGCGGCGACGGCGGCAGCGUGCUUCGCCACUGUGUAGGAUGAUCGAGGCGCGCGCGAAAGUGACUGUCGAGUGCGGUUGAAACGCACUCGGUGUAGUGGGAGCAAGAAUAUGCAAACUCCCACCGUUCGACGGUACGAAGUCGCGGCAGACAGUCCAUUGACAACGACGACGAUGACGGCUUUCGAGUGUGACUCACUCCGGGCGUUUUGAUUAGCACCUGUUUUCAGGUGUGCACCACAGUAUCAACAACAAUAAAAAUGGCGGAAAGAUUGACGCUUGACAUUGUAAGCCAGCUCCAAUUCGGAUCGAUAAUCCGCAAACGGAUGGCAACCGAUUGAUUAUUCUAAUGAGACACUCGAUACUGUCAGUAAUCCGAUAAAUUUGCGCAUUACUAUGCUCUGGCGGCUGCCUGCGAUGCGCGAUGAUGAUGUUUUUGUGGCGAAGAAGCGUCUAGAGGGGCUUUUGAUAGUAACGGGGGAAUGCGAUGAAUCAGCACCGUUCAGGUCAGGUCGAUUUGGAAAGUGUGAGAUGUGUUUGCAAGCUAUUACAUUUUGAAAUGGUUUUGGGAACAGUUUAACAAAUCAAUUUGAAAUUGGAUUCCGCCAUUCCAUCUGCGUCAAUUUACGCUGUUUUAAUUCACAGGCAGCCGCAAAGUACCAACUGGAAUCCCUUCGUUUGAAACAGCAAAUAAGUAAACGCGUAUGAAGGCCAAUAAAAAGUAACUUGUUAACGGAUCCGAAGGUCUGCAACAAGUUUGAUGAUAGUACGAUACUAUUUUUGUAAAAUAAAAAUAGAAAAGAAAGGGAACGUACAAAAGUACAUAUUUUAAAAGUGUGUAACGAACGAAACGAUAUUUUUACACAAGCAAAAAAAAUCUAAUUGAAAGUUAACCGCGAAAAUCAGCUGUUAUUAACGAUAUUACUAGAUGGACAUUAGAAUAACCAAUUACAAUUACUAUAUGUGUGUGUAACCUUUAUCUUAGUAAAAGGCUGGUUCCCCCUUUUGAUUUGUAGAAUCAAAUGAUGCUUUAAAAUAAUUGUUCUCUUGUUUCUAAGCGUUGAACAUAGGCAUUUCAUAUAAUAUAUUGUAUUGCAAAAUAACUUAGCAGCCGUAAAUGACCGUAGUGCCGCCAUAUAUUGUUUCAUAACUAAAUUUAAUUGUUAUUUAAUAAACAAAAACAGAAAAGCUCUAAAACAAAUGUUCCUAUUAAUAUGUAAAGUUAAGUCAAGAGCAGUUGUAGAAUUGUACGCAGUAUAUAAUUUAUUUGUAAUAUUUUUAUCAUGUACGACGCCAUAUGCUCUUUAGAUGUAGUGAUUCCGAGCAGAAGCAACCAGUGGAGCAUCUUUCUUGGCUUUUGAGUAAACAAAUCAGUGUGAAACCAUAACUUAAUACAGGCCAAACAUGACCAUAAUUACUACGAAUUACAAAAGGUGUGAUCUAUUAAAACAGAGCGUGAAGCAUGACGAAGUGGAAAUUCCGAUCGUAAAAAGUGCUUUGUAAUUGUUCUUGUACCUAUUCUGUUUGCUUCCUUGUACGAAAGAAGAACGAAAACAAAAGCUAAACUAGACUAUAUUUUAGUAGGCAAAAGAAGAAAACACGAAAAAAAGUCCAUUAAAAGCUGUCGAUACACUCCCGAGAAAGUGUAAACAAA